AUGGCAGAGGCAGAAGCAGCGCAGCUGAAGGAGGAAGGGAACCGGCAUUUCCAGCUCCAGGACUAUAAGGCUGCAACAAAGAGCUACAGCCAGGCCCUGAAGCUGACCAAGGACAAGGCCCUGCUGGCCACGCUCUAUCGGAAUCGGGCAGCCUGUGGCCUGAAAACGGAAAGCUAUGUUCAGGCGGCGUCAGAUGCCUCAAGAGCUAUUGACAUCAACUCCUCGGACAUCAAGGCUCUCUAUCGGCGGUGCCAGGCGCUGGAGCAUCUGGGGAAGUUGGACCAGGCCUUCAAGGACGUGCAGCGCUGUGCCACCCUCGAGCCACGGAACCAAAACUUCCAGGAGACACUGAGGAGGCUCAACACCAGUAUCCAGGAGAAGGCUGCCAACAACCUCAUCGUCCUGGGGCGUGAAGAAGCAGGGGCCGAGAGGAUCUUCCAGAACAACGGAGUGGCCCUGCUGCUGCAGCUUGUGGACACCAAGAGGCCCGAGCUUGUGCUAGCGGCUGUGCGGACCCUGUCGGGCUUGUGCAGUGGCCACCGAGCUAGGGCCACAGUGAUUCUCCAUGCCGUCCGGAUAGACAGAAUCUGUAGCCUCAUGGCCGUGGAGAACGAGGAGAUGUCUCUGGCCGUCUGCAACCUGCUCCAGGCUGUCAUCGACUCUCUGUCAGGAGAGGACAAACGAGAACAUCAAGGGAAGGAGGAAGCGCUGGUCUUAGAUACCAAGAAGGACCUAAAGCAGAUAACCAACCACCUGCUUGACAUGCUGGUCAGUAAGAAGGUGUCUGGCCAGGGCAGGGACCAGGCCAUGAACCUGCUCAAUAAGAACGUCCCCAGGAAGGACCUCGCCAUUCACGACAACUCACGCACCCUCUAUGUGGUGGAUAACGGCCUGAGGAAGAUCUUGAAGGUGGUGGGGCAGGUUCCAGAUCUGCCAUCCUGCCUGCCUCUGACUGACAACACCCGCAUGCUGGCCUCUAUCCUCAUCAACAAGCUCUACGAUGACCUGCGCUGUGACCCAGAGCGUGAUCACUUCCGCAAGAUCUGCGAGGAGUACAUCACGAGCAAGUUUGACCCCCAGGACAUGGACAAGAACGUGAUUGCCAUUCAGACAGUGUCGGGGAUCCUGCAAGGCCCCUUUGACCUGGGCAAUCAGCUGCUGGGACUGAAAGGUGUGAUGGAGAUGAUGGUAGCCCUGUGUGGCUCGGAGCGUGAGGUAGACCAGCUGGUGGCCGUGGAGGCCCUCAUCCAUGCCUCCACCAAGCUCAGCCGCGCCACCUUCAUCAUCACCAAUGGCGUAUCGCUGCUCAAAGAGAUCUACAAGACCACCAAAAACGAGAAGAUCAAGAUCCGCACACUGGUGGGGCUCUGUAAGCUCGGCUCUGCAGGUGGUACAGACUAUGGCCUCAGGCAGUUUGCUGAAGGGUCGACAGAGAAGCUGGCCAAACAGUGUCGCAAGUGGCUGUGCAAUGCGUCCAUAGAUACCCGGACCCGGCGAUGGGCAGUGGAGGGCCUGGCCUACCUCACGCUGGAUGCUGACGUGAAAGACGACUUUGUCCAGGACAUCUCUGCCCUGCAGGCCAUGUUUGAGCUGGCCAAGACCACGGACAAGACUAUCCUGUAUUCUGUGGCCACCACCCUGGUGAACUGCACCAACAGCUAUGACGUCAAGGAGGUAAUCCCCGAGCUGGUGCAGCUCGCCAAGUUCUCCAAGCAGCACGUGCCUGAGGAGCACCCUAAGGACAAGAAGGACUUUAUAGACAUGCGUGUGAAGCGGCUUUUGAAGGCUGGUGUCACCUCUGCCCUGGCCUGCAUGGUGAAAGCAGACAGUGCCAUUCUCACCGACCAGACCAAAGAGCUGCUGGCCAGGGUAUUCCUGGCACUGUGUGAUAACCCAAAAGACCGAGGAACCAUUGUGGCUCAAGGUGGUGGCAAGGCACUGCUUCCCCUGGCUUUGGAGGGCACAGACGUGGGCAAGGUGAAGGCAGCCCAUGCCCUGGCAAAGAUCGCCGCCGUGUCCAAUCCAGACAUCGCCUUCCCGGGGGAGCGGGUGUAUGAGGUGGUGCGGCCCCUUGUGAGUCUCCUGGAUACACAGCGGGAUGGGCUCCAGAACUAUGAGGCUCUCCUGGGCCUCACCAAUCUGUCUGGGCGAAGUGACAGACUCCGGCAGAAGAUCUUUAAGGAGAAGGCCUUGCCAGACAUUGAGAAUUACAUGUUUGAGAAUCACGACCAGCUGAGGCAGGCGGCCACUGAAUGCAUGUGCAACAUGGUAUUGAACAAGGAGGUACAGGAGAGGUUCCUGGCCGAUGGGAACGACCGGCUGAAGCUGGUGGUGCUGCUCUGCGGAGAGGACGAUGAGAAGGUGCAGAACGCGGCCGCAGGGGCGCUGGCCAUGCUGACAGCAGCACAUAAGAAACUGUGCCUCAAGAUGACCCAAGUGACAACUCAGUGGUUGGAGAUCCUCCAGCGGCUUUGCCUGCACGACCGGCUGUCAGUCCAACACCGGGGCCUGGUCAUUGCCUACAACCUGCUGGCAGCAGAUGCUGAGCUGGCCAAGAAGCUGGUGGAGAGUGAACUGCUGGAGAUCCUGACUGUAGUGGGCAAACAAGAGCCAGACGAGAAGAGGGCAGAAGUGGUUCAGACAGCCCGGGAAUGUCUCAUCAAGUGCAUGGAUUAUGGCUUCAUUAAACCAGUGUCUUAG